ACGAGAACAUCUGGUCCCGAACCUGUCUGCAACCGUUUUGGAGUGCGAUUUAUUUGCAAUGGCUGGCAGGAUGAUUGGCCACUCUGCCAUUCAUGGAGGUCCGUCCCUGUCAGGACUAAGUCUAACCAUUAUAGAUGCCCUUAUACCUGGGACCAAGGACAUUGUAACAUCAAAACUCUGUCUUGAAGAUUGCCCGGAGAUAGAAGUCAGGGACACCAUCAGUCUACUGCUGAAGGAGGAAUGGACUGACGAAGAGUCUGUCAGAAUGGCAAACCUUUGCACUGAUUGGUAUUUCCCGGUGCCAACUAAGGAGACCAACAGGCUUCUCCUUUUCCAGCAGCUGCUCUCUCAUGCUGUACUGGGAAGAGCAAAUGCCCAAAUUAAGCAGUUUCGAAAAGGGAUUAAAGAGACCGGAAUAUGGCCCCUUCUAACAACCAGACCAGAUGUCCUGCCCCUUUUGUUCCCCUGUGAAAAGGAUGUGGAACUCACCCCCCAAAUGAUCCUUAAAUGGAUACGUUGGCCAGAGGCAAGUACUGACAGUGAGGACAGUGAGGACGAGAUGUCUGCAUCACAGAUCGCACUAAUCUCAGGGUUCUUUCGAACCUUUGUGGAAGAAGCUUCUUCAGACGUCCUGAAGGACCUCGUAAAAUUUUGGACUGGCUGGGAAUUGCCUACGCAGUGCCUCAAACUGCAAGUAGUGAAAUCCCGUGGACGCCAUCACUUACCUACUGCGAGCACAUGUUACGAAAGGUUGAGGGUCCCAGACCACUACAAAAGUGGUUCUGAGUUGAAAUCAGACCUACAACAAUGCCUACAAUCAGUUGAGACAGGUUUUGGACUGAUUUGAAAGUAAUUCUUCUGGUUUAUUGUUUUAUUGUUUCAUUAGGGUCAGAGCACCCUAUCAUAAUCGCUCUGUUUCUUCUUGUUCGCAGACAUUUUGGGGUUUUUUUAGGUGGUGGCCAUGUUUCAAAAUGAAUGUCAUUUGGCAUAGUCUUUAGCAAGAGUGGCAAGUACACUACAGGCCAAAUGUUUGGACACACCUUCUCAUUCAAUGCAUUCUCUUUAUUUUCAUGACUACAGUACAUUGUAGAUCCACACUGAAGACAUCAAAACUGUAAAUGAAUACAUGGAAUUAUGUAAUAAAAUAAUAAAAAAAAUAGCCAAUGUUGUCCAAUUGGGCCAUCAGCUGUGUAUCAACUUGACUUCUGUACAACACAACUGAUGGUCGGAAAUCUUUGGUUGGGACCAUCUUUUGUGUUGCGCAAAAGUCAGGGUGAUACACAGGACAACUAUUAGAAUUGAUAUCCAUAUCAUUCACAGCUUUUAUGCCUUCAGUCAGAAUCUAC